AUGCCGAGAUCCAGGGGGUCCGAGCUGCCGCAGCGGGCGUCGCCGCGCGCGCCGCUGCACCUCAAGACCACCGCCUCCUCCGAGGCCAAUGGCGCGCACCACCGCCUCCUCGUCGACCGCAGCAGCCCCAAGGUCGCCGACCGCCACUCGCCCCGCAGCCCGCUGCCCGAGAAGAAGCGCGCGGGCACUCGGGUGGCGGAGCUGGAGACCAAGCUGGGGAAGGUGCAGGACGAGCUCAAGAAGCUGCGGGAGCAGCUCGUCUCCGCGGAGGCCGCCAAGAAGGACGCGCAGGUCGCGCUCGAGGAGGCCAAGAAGCACGUCGGCGCCAAGGGGAGCCCCAAGCCGCCGGCGUCUCCUCCCUCCCCCGCCCCUCUACCGGUCCAAGACGAGAAGAAAACCGAGGAGGUGAAGAUCGUUGAAGAACCGGCGGCCGAGGAAGCGGAGGAGGAGGAGGGCAGCAUAAACUCCCCGGCGACCGAUGUGUUCGAGGUCGUCCCGACCGAGUCGGGCGACAAGGAGAACCAGAGCGCGCUCGUCGCCGAGGACAGCGAGGAGGUGAGCUGUGGAGACAAGGCGGCACUGGCCGAUGCCGAGGAGGAUGUGGAAGUGGAGGAGACCAAGACCAUGAUUGAGGAGGACAAGAAGGACUCCGCGGCCGCCAUUGAAGGCGGCGAAAAGGAGAACCCGGAGGUCGUGGAGCUCAAGGCCCAGCUGAUUGCCAAGGAGAUGGAAGUCGCCGUGCUCACGGCCGACAAUGCGGAGCUCAAGAAGCAGGCCGACGAGGCCGCGGCGGCGGUCAAGAGGGCUGACGAGGAGGCUGUGGCCAAGGCUUUCCUCAUCGAGCAGGAGCUCAAGGAGAACGCGGCGCGGGAGGCCCGGAUGGGCGAGCAGCUGAGGGCGUCCGAGGCCGCGCGCGAGGCGCUGGACGCCGAGAUGCGGCGCCUGCGCGUGCAGACCGAGCAGUGGCGCAAGGCGGCCGAGGCGGCCGCCGCGGUGAUCGGCGGGGACGCGCACCUCGUCGGUCACCAUGGCCUCGCCGGCAAUGGAAGCAACGGGUGGGGGUCCCCGGCGACGAUGCCGGACGACGGCGACGACGAGGGGUUCGGCAGCAAGCGGAAGGGCGCCGGCAUCCGGAUGCUCGGUGACCUGUGGAAGAAGAAGGGCAGCAAGUGA